GCAUUUCUGCUGAACGAAAAUAUAAAUUGGGCGCCAAACAUUGACAUUUCUCUGUACACAGUCUCUAUUGUUAAGUUACAAACAGCAGGCAAAUUUUGUUAAUACAGUGACAACGGUGUUUAAAUUAAUUGUAAUAAAAUAUAUUUUAACUAAACGAAUAAUUUUAUAAGAAAAAUGGAUUUUACAACACGAAAGAACAGAGACCGUGGGAAGACCGCUGCUCAUAUCGAGUCUGAAGACUUGGUUUCACUUUAUCCACACAAUGUAAUGAUGUACCAUUUACCGCCAACACAAGAUAUGACACUGCAAACAUUCGAAGAGUAUGCCAUCGAACGGGUGAAUUUGUUGCGUAUUUUUGAGCAAGCCACAUCGAAGAAUUUGCGUGUGCUGUCAGAAGACUGGAAAAAUGAAAUCAAAGAGGAAAUGAAGCAGGCCGGUAUGAAGACCUAUUUACGAUUAAUCGAUGGCCACUCGCAAUCUGGCGAAGCUGAUGUACAAGCGCGACGAAGAGAUUACAUUUCACAUUUCAUAUUGCGUCUUGCCUACUGUCGAUCCAACGAUUUAAAAAGAUGGUUCAUCACACGUGAAAUGGAAUGGUUCAAGUUGAAGUUCAGCUACUUGAAGGCACCGGGAGUAAAGACUUUUCUGGAAAUCAAUAAAUUAAACUAUCAACCGAUCGACGACGAUGAAAAGUCAGACGUCAAAGAGGGUCUAUACGAUAGUACUGCGAUGUAUGGUGUGCAACAAGUUGAAUGCGACGAAUUUUAUAAGGUGCAUUUUACGGCUGUGCCCGAUUUGAUACGUGGACGUCGAUGCUAUGUCAAAGGUGGAUACGCCUAUGUCAUAGCGAGUGAUUUGAUUUCGAUUGUGGCCGGUUUACAUGAAGCAUGCAUUGAGAGUGGUUUGGCUGCUGCAGCUCAAGCACUGCCCGAUUUGGACAACGAUGAACGUUUGGUGGAAUUGUUGAAAACAUUGCACACAUCGUACACGGGCAAAGAUUAUGUUGUCGGUGCAAAGGGAUCGAUACCAAUCGAAAGCAUCGAUCAGCUGUCAAAGAAAUCAUUCCCGUUGUGUAUGCGUCAAUGUCACGAAGCUUUGCGUAGUAAACACCAUCUUAAACAUCAAGGCCGUUUGCAAUAUGGACUAUUUUUGAAGGGAAUCGGUGUCACAUUGGAGGACUCCUUGAGAUUUUGGCGCGCCGAAUUCACAAAAAUGAUGGAUUUGGAAAAGUUCGAGAAAUCCUAUGCGUACAACAUUCGAUACAACUAUGGUAAAGAAGGUCAAGCGAAAAACUGGGCACCACAUUCAUGUUUGAAGGUGAUUGCGCAGCACGUUGGUCCACAAGAAAGCCAUGGUUGCCCGUUUAAAACGAUGGAUGCGAAUAGUUUGCGGGCCAAAUUAACGAUGUAUGGAUUCAAUUCGGUGCAUGCCCAAGAAGUCGUUACAUUCGCAACAAAGGGUCACUAUCAGUUGGCAUGCGGUCGAUAUUUUGCCGUGAUGCAUGAAACAGCGCAAGACGAAAGUAUUACACAUCCGAAUCAGUACUUUGAUAAGAGCCAAGCAUUGAUCGAAGAACGAACGGCAGGCGAUGGAACACCGAAACCAACACAACGAAAAGCGCAAAAAGCCACCAAUAAUCGAGACGCUACGAAGCGUAUCAAACAGGAAUUUAUGGAUGAAUACGACGAUGAACUAUGGAAUGUUACGCAGGAAGUCGAACGAAAAGAACAAUCCAAAGCCGAUCUGGCUACAUGGAAUGAUGAUGCGGAUGACGUUGAAAUGAGCCAAUUGGAUUUUUAAAUAGCAUUAGAAUAAGAUUAAGUUUUUUUUUUUAAAUAAAAAUAACGAAUGAAUGGAAUUUCUAUUUAUAAACGUCGUAAUAAAUAGGUGUAACUGAUCGGAGUUUUUCAAAUGAUUUCAUGAGAGUUCAUUAAACGCAGCCACUUUGUGAAAAUUCGA